AUGAUCCUUACUACUCUCGCAGCACUUGGCGAACUGGCAUCCACAUUUCCCGUUCCUGGCGCAUUUGCCGAAUACAGUGGCCGAUUCCUGGAUCCUGCCUGGGGCUUCACUAUCGGAUACAACUAUCUUAUGCAAUGGCUUGCGACAUUACCACUCGAGUUCACAGCUGCUGCGAUCGUUAUCCGAUUUUGGGACGAAGACGGCUCUGUGCCCCGAGGCGUUUGGAUUGCCAUCUUUUUUCUUGCAGUCAGCGCGAUUCAUAUUAUCGGGUUGCGCGGGUAUGCCGAAGUUGAAUUCUCAGCUACAACUAUGAAGAUGAUCACGAUCAUUGGUUUCAUCAUCUGUGCCAUCGUGAUUGAUUGUGGUGGUACCCCCAGCGGCCAAUACUUGGGAGCAAGAGGAUGGCACGAUGGACCUGCAUUCCUUAACAAAUUCAAGGGUUUUUGCAGUGUGUUGACCACCGCUGCAUUUGCAUUCACCGGCACUGAGCUGGUCGGUUUGGCUGCUGCGGAAACUCCUGCGCCGCAUAAGCAUAUCCCUCGGGCAUGCAAACUCGUCAUCUGGCGGGUCAUCGUUUUCUACUUCCUCUCUCUUUUUAUGAUCACAUUGAUUAUCUUACCUUCAGAUCCUCGUUUACAUGGAACAAGCAACUAUGACCCUAACACGUCGCCGUUUGUGCUUGUGAUUGAGAUCGGUGCGAUUAAGGUUCUGCCGCACAUAGUUAAUGCUGUGAUUAUGCUGUCUGCGGUGUCGGUUUCAAACUCUUCUGUGUUUGCUGGCAGCCGCACUCUGCAUGCACUUGCUGUGCAAGGACAUGCUCCCAAGUUUCUGCGCUAUGUUGAUCGCACUGGCCGCCCUUUGCACGCCGUGAUUGUAUCGCUACUCUUUGGGUUACUUGGUUUCCUGAUCUACUCUUCUGACGACAAUGGUGGCGAAGUUUUUAGCUGGCUCCUCGGUAUUUCGGGUCUAUCGGUGAUCUUCACUUGGGGAUCUAUUUGUGCUGCUCAUAUUCGAUUCCGUGCUGCGUGGGCGAAACAAGGAUACUCUGUAUCUCAGCUCCAAUGGCGAUCACCGUUUGGCGUAUACGGCUCAUGGGGAGGUCUGGUGUUCAAUAUUCUGCUCGUGUGUGCGCAAUUCUACCUCUCUGUAUUCCCAAUUAACGAAGCCGAGAAGACGGGCGGUGACCGUGUGUACAGCUUCUUUUUGGGCUUUAUUUCUGCUAUUCUCAUCUUGGUUUUCUACAUUGCGUGCAAGGUAAUCAAGCGCACAAAAAUUGUGUCUUUGGAAGACAUUGACCUUCUUAAAGGCAGAAGUACUCUGCGUUGCAUGGAGCAGCAGGAAAUGGAAGAAGCGGACACAGCAGAGAUGCCUCUAUGGAAAAAGAUUUUGAACAUCUUUUUCUGA